AUGCCUUACUUUUCCGAUAAGGAAAUGGAGCUCUAUCAAGGAGCAGCACAGUAUGAAAACGCGCCUCAUAUUUACGCGCUUGCUGAUACUAUGUUCAGGAAUAUGGUGAUUGACAACGAAAGCCAGUGUGUCAUAAUAAGUGGAGAAAGUGGCGCCGGAAAGACGGUUGAAGCGAAAUACAUCAUGGGAUAUAUUUCUCGAAUAUCCGGCGGCGGACAGCGAGUUCAGGUUUCCAAUUUUUUGCUCGAGAAAUCCCGGGUGGUUCACCAAAAUCAAGGAGAACGCAAUUUUCACAUAUUCUAUCAACUUUGUGCAGGGGCGGACGAAAAUUUAAAAAGUAUGUCUUUUAUUAAAUUUUUCUAUUUUGUUAACAACAGUCAGUACUCUAGACCAUGA